CCACACAGAAAUAUGAAGUGGUAAAACAACUGCCUUCUAUUCUAAAUAUUCAAUCCAGACCAGAAAUACCUAUUUCCCUCCUCUCGUCAUAUCAUGAUGGCUGCUGCAACAACAGCAACUCUGUUUGUACCUUCCCUGAGAACCCAAACCAGCAAACUAAGCAUUCAUCUUCUAAACCAGAGCAUAAGAGAACAUACCUGUGGCAGCAGCUGUUUCCAAAUCCUGGCUGUGCAAGGAUCGGGGGGCAGGCAGAGAGCACCUCCUGGAGUGGAUACAAGAAUUCAUUGGGAGAAUGAGGAUGAAGGAUGGAUAGGAGGAGACACCUCCAGAGCUACACAGGAGCAAAGCAAAGAGGAAGAAGAUUUGCUUGGGAAUAAAUUCGCAGAAUUGAUCAACAGUUCAUCAGAUUCAUACUACCAGUUUCUAGGAGUACCUGCAAAUGCUGAUAUUGAAGAAAUUAAAGCCGCCUACCGAAGGCUGUCCAAGGAGUAUCAUCCUGACACAACUACACUUCCUAUUAAAACAGCAUCUGAUAAAUUCAUGAAAUUAAGAGAGAUUUAUGAUGUCCUAAGUGACGAUGAGAAGCGGAAUUUCUAUGAUUGGACAUUGGCACAGGAGGCAGCAAGCCGAGAAGCAGAGAAAAUGAGGAUGAAGUUGGAAGAUCCAUAUAAGCAAGAAGUAGAGAACUGGGAAUCCGUUCCAGACAUGGUGGAUCGACUUGGAGGAAGAAACAUGGAACUCAAUGAUCAGGCUAAGCAGGCACUCACUUUUGAUUUCUUGGUCAUAAUAUUCAGUAUAUGCUGUAUAAUAUAUGCAAUCUUCUUCAAGGAACCUUACUAGUUACCAUCCUUUACACAAACAGCAUAUUGAUUUUGUAUACAUGAACAGAUUCUAGGACAGCUUUGUACAUGCAAUGGUUGCAUAAAUAUUCUGGAUUUCUAAGAACGCAGAAAAGAGGGAUUUAAGACAGAUGCAUAAAAGAAUUUCAAUCAUUCCCAAGCAUGGAAGAAAUUA